GUUGUACAACUGCUUCCCAGCAAUCGUUCGAAGUAGAGAUCCAAAUUUUGCGUCAACAGACCGACAGCAGCUCUGCAGCUCUUAUAUAGAUCAAUGUUUAUGUAGGUUGGUAUCAGAAACUUGUCCAGAUGGUAGUGCCAUCUCUAACACUGCCUAUUGCAUUGGCCGCGCUAACGGGAUUAUUGGGAUUUAUAGUGGGCGCCGUGCUGCAACAGGAUGCAUCGUAUCGCAACAUACAAUCGACUAUGGCAAACGAUCCAUAUAUCUAUCAGCGUCGUCAGCAAAUUUUCGAUGCGCUGAGAUUAGUGGGGCAUCCGCGUGCAUUAUUUGAAACCGCCCCACUGUUUCACGUUGCGGAGCCAAGUGAAAAUAACAUCAAUUUAAGCGGUGAUCAAACUAACCAGAUUACAGAUGAAGUCGAUUCUGUUUUUGCCAACUAUAUGAAAUGGUUUCAAAAUAAUAUGCAAGCAGUGACCAUGUUCUUCACCUUCUCGCUGGGCCAUGACACGAGCCAGCUGCCGGAUUCCGCGCAUGUAGCCACACUGAUGAAGUACGGCUUUCCGGGAUUGGAUGAUGUGCACGUCUAUCGAAAUUUUGUGCUCUCUUAUGAUCGACGCAAUCGCAUUGCGCACUGGGUGUGCGAGCAUUUGGAGAGCGAAUGUUUAACUGAGACGCCAGCGACCAUUGUGCAGAAGCCAGCCGAAUUUCUGAUCGAUUCAAGCAUACCGCUUAUAUUCCGUGCCAGUCAACUGGAUUAUCGCAAUAGCGAGUGGAUUGGAGGCCAUCUGGCAUCGCCACACAACUAUCGCUGUGAUCCCAGCAAAUAUAUUGAAACUUUCAUAUUGCCAAACAUAGCGCCAUUGAGUCAUGGCCUCAAGUCAAAGAUAUGGACACGCUUAGAGGCCUAUAUCCGAGAGCUGACGAUUAAAUGCGGCUCGGUAUACGUUUACACAGGGCCGUUGUUCAUGCCGGAACGCAUUACGUUCCGGAAUUGGGCGAUACGACAUCAGGUCAUUGGCAUGAACACUGUGGCGGUGCCCACACAUUUCUUCAAAGUGAUCAUUGCCGAAUGCAAGGAACGCGACGAUCUGCCCUAUAUGGAGGGUUAUGUCUUACCGAAUGCCGAUAUCGACAACAAUCUGGAAUUGAGCUCAUUCAUAUCCAAUAUCCGUGACAUCGAACACUUUGCCGGACUCAAGUUCUACGAUGGAGCACGACGACCGCAGCUGCAUCACAAUAUUCAAACAAUUGAUCCAUCACUUUAAGCUGGGUACUCAUGCCAACCGCCAGGCUGCUAACAAAUUAUUAAACCACAAGGAGGUUUCUUCAGUUGCAGGUGAUUUGUUGCAAGUGUAGACAGACUGCUUUUUAUACUAUUGCAGAGAGUAUUAUAAUUAUAUAAUAAAGAAGAUGU